AUGUCUGGAAAAUGGCGUUCGGAUCGAUGCUCGAUCACAUCGAUCAGUACGGAUCAGUGUUCUCAGCAAACAAUUUUGAUCGCUAUUCUCAAACUGAUCACAACACAACCAACGCUGCUGAUACGUCAGAGAGUAAUCCAAAGCGAAGAGGAUGACUGUAUCGAAGGAGUUGUGUCCUGUUUGGUGCUGCUCAUCGACCAUCCACUCGUGCAAACCUACUGUAUGCAAGCGUUACUCUCUCUACAUUCCGUGAUUCCACAGUGGAGUUCUCAAUCACCUGAAAGAGCGCUACGUACAUUCUUUUCAGUCAGUUCCCAUAUGCUAUUCUCGGUGUGUCAGAAACUCAUUCACUUUCAAAUUAGCAACGCUGAAAAUGUCAUCACAUGGUUAAAAGCAAUCAUGGAACGACGUAUCGCUUACAUGCGUAGCAAUUCGGCAAUGAUCACUGAACAGAUUAUCGAUACGACCAUGACUGCGCAGUCAUUUGUGAUGUGUUUUCUGUAUUUAUGGAGUUGUGACUCAGAUUUAGUGCUGUGUUGCUUCUCAUUGUUUGCGCUGAACGCAGUUCAAAUCUCAUUGCUGCCACCAUCGUCGUCCUCGGUGGAUCCACAGAUCUCACAACAUCUCUCGUCCACAUCCAACAUCCACACCACCGGUCGAAUUGCACUUCAGAAAAGUGUUUGCCGACGAUUGCGAACACUACCCAAAUCGAACACUGCAGUUCAUGAGGCUUGGCAUGAGACGUAUCGUAUUUGGGAAUUAUUUACGACUAGUUUCAUGUCAUCAUCAAGAGAGCAUUUCGAUGCCAUUGAGCAAUUGACUCAUAUCGUUGCCAAUACGGGCGCAAAUGGCGAUACAUCACAGGCUGCCAUUGACGUCUGGGCGAAUAUGAGCGCUUUUCUUUCGAUGUGUAAAAAUGUGAAAGAGAUAUUGAGCAAUGAAAUCGAUCACAGUCUCGAUCACUUCAUAUUGCAUAUAAUCUCGCUGAAUCUGUCCGCGUAUUCAUCGGAUGGAGUGUUCGUUGAGCACAUCCUUUAUAUUCUCUCGAAUUUGCUCGGAAGACGAUCGGCAGUCGCGUUGAAACACGAAAACACCGUGCAUAUCAUUACGGCACUCUUAUCAUACGGUGAAGAAGUGUUGCCGCAGAGUGAGGAACGUCUGGUGAUAUUCAUUCGUAAAUUCACAUUUCUACUGUGUCUGAUUUUGAGUGGAAGUAAUUCACAGAAGAUGAAUAGUAGCAUUCAAGCAAGACUUCUCGAAUACUUAACAAAUUCAUUGGCAUCUCUAAUCGCACUUCCUUCUUCACCUUCCAAGAGUGAAGCUCUCCUGCACUCGUUGAGAGCACUGACGAAAGUGCUCAUACUGGGCGCAAUCCCGCCGUCUUCCGCAACAUUUAACAGGCUAUAUUCGUUGAUCGUUGAUGUGCAUGCACUGCCCGAGGUCAGUGAAAGAAAUUCACCGAGACGGAGAAGUGACACAAAAGUAUCGUCGAAUGAUCCAAAAAUAUCCGACGCUGCGUUGUCAGCGUUGGCGCAACUUGUCAAUUGCAACAGUGAACUUGGCGUCAAUAAACUUGCUGAGAGUUGUUGGAAUAGCGAUUCGAAACGUCUUGGAUUUCUAUUGGAGACGCUUUGUCGUGUUCUCAAGCGUCGGAGUUCUGGUCAUGGCACAGAUUUUGAAUUGAGAAGUCAACAAGCUGAACUUCUGAAGUUGAUAACGUUAAUUACGGACGAUGGCAAUUUACCUGUUGUCAACUGCCUAUCGAAUGCUCUUCCAAAUGAGUGUAUUGUAAGUUGUAGUAAAGAGAUUUGCAUGACACUGGGUUGA